AUAGUGGCCACAAACAAAACAUCUAAUACAAUCAACUCAACUGCAGUUAAUGUUAAUUCCAGUUCCACUCUGGGAAAACGUUUCAUUAUAAUGAUAUCACUGGCAUCUAGGAAAAUGACACACUGUGACAUUGUUACCUGAUUUACUUUCAAUUUAUAUUUUCAAACAUUGUUAUUGUGGUAGGGAAUUCCCUGCUCAGGAAAGUAUAAAAACACUGAGAGAUGAAGCAAGACACACAAAAGAAUUAGGAUAAACCAAGGAUAUACAUUGUUACUACCAUGAUGCCAAACGCCAAGCUUUAUUUUGCCACUUGGCUGCUCUUGGUCGCGCUCACUUGUUCUCUCUGGCACGUGAACAUGUCCAGCCCAGUGGUGUCGCGCAACCGCCCGAUAACUGACAACUGUCUUACUACUGCGCAAACACUACUUUGGAACAUCACGGACGCACUUGCACAGGAACACCUGUUCAAAGGAAUAAACUGCACGGACCAGGGUAUGGAGUUGAACACGAGAACACAGACGGUGCAAGUGUGUGCGCCAAAGACCAAAAGCACUCAACAGCACUCAACAUGUUCCAGAGUGACAAAUGUAAAGUUUGAUCAGGACAAGUGUCUGAGGAACAUUGAGGAGGAUCUGCGUUGUUAUAGUGACAUGCUACAAGCUAUUGACCCUAAACUGCUUGGACCCAAUGUGCUGCAGAGCCUCGGAGAGAUUAAGGAGACGUGCUUCCCCUUGUCUUUGUUGGGAGUCUGGUCCUCUCAGCAGGAUACACAAGGUUGUAGGCCUACUCAAGGUACUGCUAACCAAAAUUCCUUUGAUGAAAGGGUACAUUUGUGUAAAGUGUUGAAGGGGCUCCAGGUUCGCACCGUAACCAUCAACAGAAUCAUUGGAUAUAUUCAUGCUGGAGAACACAAUAUGUAAGUUGGCAUGUCAUCAUGGACCUGGCAAGCGCCUAUGCUGUUGGAGACUAUUCCUCAUCGCCAUCAUCGUCGUCAUCACCAUUCUCCCAAGGGAAAAAUAAUCAAUUCCAUGACCAUAACAAAGUUGCCUUGUCCUGUGGACAAGUGUUCUUUAAUAUUAUCAUCAAAUAACAGUCUGAUUAAGCUAUUGAGGAUUUAGAAUUUACAGGAGUCAAAUAUUUAUGACUUAAUAUAUAAGUAUUUAUUUGUUUAUUUUUUUUUACUUGAAAAGCUAAAUAAUAUUAAAUGUGAUAUUUAUUAUCAACCUAAUGGGUUGUAUUAUUUAUUUGCCUAAUUUAUGAUUUAAAAAUAUUUAUUUUAUACAUAUCAAUAUAACUUAUUUCAAUGUUUACACAGUUUUUGUUUGAACAUCUCCAAAAUAAAAUGCAUUUAAGCAAUGAAUUAAAAUAGCCUAAUGCCAGCUAUUUUAUUUCUCUCUUUGUUUUCAUGGUAUUU